ACUGCACGCACAUCACCGCAUCGCGACGUCAUAAACGAGGCAACAUCGCCUACUGGCCGGCCGACUUCGGCCCGCCAGCACGUCGGGGAAGAAGAAAAAAAUUAAACCAGGCGGGCGUCAGCUCGUCAGGGGAAAAGGACAGGAGAGAGAUCUGGUAACACGUGCAGAUUCGUACGCCCCAGUGGUAACGAACCAGUCGCGGCUGAGCGAUCGGACGGGGCCCUUGUGCGAUGGAACGUGGAAGACUUGCCUGCAUACAUACCGACCCUACCUCCCUAUAGAUUCGUGUAAUGACAUUGCUGAAAAUGCGCUGUCGGGCAUGGGUAUGUUUUCGCCCCCCUCCCUUUGAUUUUUCCUUUCGCCUCUUUGCUCUUCUCUCCCUUGUUCCGUUCGGGGAGUGUCGUGAAGAUCUCUUGGUCGGGAGAAUAAGCCAACCGUCGACUUGCCUUGUUGUCUAUAACGACACCGGCAUACGUUCGCCACGGAUGACGGAGAGCUUAGGAAUCUCAUGCCAAGGUUCGAGGGCGGAGAUAACUAGCUAACGCCUAAACGCUAGCGGUAAUGCCUCGCACAGGCCCGGCACCUGGGUACCUGUAUCUACCUACCUGCCCUACACACAGGCCGUAAGUGGGUAUGUACCUACUUAUGGCGCCAUA